AUGAUGACGACACUGUAUUAUCAUAGCAUUGCCUAUAAAUAUGUGAACUCUACACAUUUUAGAUCAAUACUGUUGUGUGGUUUCAGUUCUGGAAGAAUUUUAUGGGCUAAAUGCAAUGGCCAAGAGCCAACGUUUGAUCGGGGAAAAACAGGCAUAUCUGCAGCAACUUGGGUGCUUUUGAUUGCCAUCGCAUUGUAUGAUCUUGCGGCUGUUUUGUUGCCCAGUGGGGCUUUGAGGCUCUUGGUAGAGCUUGCAAUAUCUCGGGAUGAAGAUAUCCCUGCUUUAGUUUAUGAGGCUCGUUGA